GCGUUCAGCACCGCGAGCGGAGGACAGCUCCCGAUCCUCCCGCAGAAAAACACCGCAGAAGAGCUCCAACCGGCCGGCUUCACAUCCACACGACAACCGAGAGCUGUGGUCAUGUAUGAUGGGGCGAGGGUUUCCUCCCCUGAGGACUCUGCGAAUGGCGUCCCGCUGCAGUCAGAGGCUCCAGCCAUCCCCCGUCCUACCACUGAGGAGCCGGAGGAGGAAGAGGAGCAGGGCGUCCCAUCUGAACCUGUCCUGGUGAAGAAGACUCACAGAGAGAUCCUGGACCAUGAGAGGAAGAGGAGGGUGGAGCUGAAAUGCAUGGAGCUGCAGGAGAUGAUGGAGGAGCAGGGGUAUCCUGAAGAAGACAUCCGGCAGAAGGUGGAGACGUUUCGCCAGAUGCUGAUGGAGAAGGAGGGAGUGAUCACUAGAGAGGGAUUCAACCCACGACCACCGGUCAGGCUGCUUCCUCAUGAAGACGGAGAUCAUGUGGAAAAUGUUGCGUACACUGACGGCUAUGAACAAGACUAUGACUGGGAUGGAGAGUAUUAUGAGCAAGACUCGGCAGCUUAUGAUGACUGCAGCAGACCCAAGAGGAAAUCCAGCAGUUCACCUUCACCUCGUCCAAAGAAGAGGAAAAAGAAGAAGGCACGAAGACACAGCCGAGACAAGAGGAAGAAAAGCGGAAAGAAACACAAAAGAGACAGGUCCACAUCUGGCUCGCGGAGGAAGAGGAGGCACAGAUCUGGGAGCCCCAAAAACAAACACAAAGACAAGAACAAACAGAAGAAGAGGUGUUCAGUGGAUUCUCCCAGCAGGAGUUCUCAGCACAGAGGCAGCUGCUGUAGCUCCCGCAGUGGAUCCGUCUCCUCCAGCAGAUCAAAUGCGAAGAGCAGGAACGACAGGCACAAACAGGAAGGAAGUCACUCCAGCCGCAGCCCCCCUCCCUCCCCCAGCACCGAGCAGCCAAUCACGUGGCAGAAUGGAAACCACAGCAUACGGGUGCGCAACGGAAAAGACUCGGGAGCCAAUCACGCGGAGGGGAAUAAAGGGAACGAUAAGCUUCCCUCGACGUCUCCUCAUGUGAGAGGUGUUAAAGGAGCUGCGGCGCAGGACGACUGCGCGGAUGGGAAAGCGCCGAUUUCGGAGAGCGCAGGGAGACGAGGUGGUCGGACGAGGGUGAGAGAGAAGACCGAGCACUCGCCGGCGCACAGCAGCGACUCACAGCAUGAGAUGCACACUAAAAGCAAGAGUCAGAAGAAGACAAAGGAUGCUCACUCCUCUAAGCGGCACCAUCGUGGACGUGGCCAGAAUCGACACCGGAGCUCAUCAGUGUCUCCCGGUCGGCACAAACACGCGUCUAAAAAGAAGAAGAGCAAAAGUCACGGGACGACGCGGCAGCGGAGCAGCUCCUGGAGCAGUGGCAGGUCGACAUCACGGGAACGCGGAACCAGCAAGAACAAAUCACCUCACGCCCGCCAGAACAACUCCAGAGAAAGAGACAGUCCUCAUCAUUCAGACGCAGAGAGAGCUCGCCGCCGCUCACGCAGUUAUUCCCCGAUCCGCAAGAGACGGAGAGACUCGCCCAGCUUUAUGGAGGCUCGCAGGAUCACCAGUGCACGGAAGCGUCCGAUCCCGUAUUACCGUCCGAGCCCAUCGUCGUCCUCCAGCUCCAGCAGUUACAGCAGCAGCUCCAGCCGGAGCCGGAGCCGCAGCCGCAGUUACAGCAGCACGUACAGCAGCUACAGCAGCCGCAGCGUCAGCCCAUCACACAGUUACUACAGCCAAAGCAGCUCACACAACUCCACAACUGCACACUUCUAGCACACACACACAUCGCAGUUUAAAGGUGAACUGCACUGCAAACAUUAUUACUUACUUAUUUAAUUUGUGUCAUGCAUUUCUUUUGUUUUCCAGUACAUGAUAUACAGUUUUAGGCAUAAAUAAUUGCGCAAACACAUCUGAUCUCAGCAGCUGAUAAACAUGAGCAAAACUGCCCUGAAUGCUGGGUUUGUGUACAGUGUGAAUAUAGCUAGUCAAUCGGGAAAUAACUGCUUAACAAAAGUUAUCAAGUACAGUCAGUCUGUACAGAACAAUAGCAGACAUUCAAUUUGAGCAGUCGGCAAACACACACACACACACACACACACACACACACAAACACACACACACACACAUACACAGAGAUUUCACACAUAGUUAUAAAUAUAUCCAGUGUCUCUAUUUAAAGACUAAAGGCCUGAGGAACAAACAUAAGAUGAGCACUUUUUUCCUGAAAUUCUUCCACGCUGCAAAUAUUACCAAAAAACUGGGUUAACAAUGUUAAAUCGAAAAUAAUCUGAAAAUCCAGACACUUUAUUAUCAUGGUGGAGAUUGAGACUCAUGAGAAACAAAAGCAAGAACAAACUGAUUUUAUUAGUUGUAGAUUUUUUUAUACAGGAUAGUUCAUCAUUUGGGUGAAUCUCAUAAAGAAAAGUCUAAAUGUUUAGGAAUAUUUUUAAAAAUCCUCUUUUUUAUUUACAAGAAAAGCAGCUUUGUCAUGAUCACCAGCAAUCCAGCAUGUGCAGAUCGCUGGUAAACACAAGGUAUUGCAUAGAACUACAAAUCUGCCAUUAAAUGGACUACAAGAUCCAGUCAUGCACCACUCACACACCUGGCCUAGAUCCCCAUGAUUGCAGACAGGCACAGCUGAAGCUACUCCAGGACUGAUUAUAGGACAUAAUAAGAGUCUUCUGUUAAAUGAAUUGGAUACUGGACAGAGGGAGUGCGGAACCGAAUGCAGGGUUAUUUAGCAGAAUGGUCAGGCAAGCACCGGGAGCAAACAGAUGUAUACAGGUUAACCCAGAUUCGUAGUCAAAAUAACUGGGAGAUGGUCAAAAGGCAGGCAGCAGACAACGUAAAACAAACAAAACAAGGCUAGGUUCAAACACGGCAAGACAAGGCAAGGGAAAGCUCGUCGUAAUGUUCCACUAUACAGAUUAACAAGACUUGUAGUUCAUUACAAUAACUUGUGUUUAUCUGCGCAGGCUGGAUCGCUGGUAAUCUUGACAAGCGUUUAUUACCAAGGCUAACAGAAUUCUGGUAAAAACUCUACUAGUGUGAUAUAAUUUAGGGUUUAAUUCGGGCUACUAAUAAAGAAGUGGUUUAAAUGUCUUGGAAAUCAGAGAAAAAACGAAAGUUUUAUUUGUAUUUAUUAUGCAGCUUUUUAAAAUUUAUUAUUUGUUUAUUUUGUUUAAAAAUCACUGACAGUUUUGUGUGAGAUUCAAUUAUUUAGUGUUAUUUAGUCCAUGAUUUGGGAGACUCUCAUCAAUUAAACAUCCAAGUAUUUGGAAAUAUUACAAUUUAUUCAUGCUCACGUCUGCUCAUUAAGUCUACCAGAAUCACAAUAAAAACCAACUGGGACUAAUUGUUGAUAUGUACCCCUGUAUGCAUUUCAGGAGAUUGUGAAAUACGUCCCAGGAGGUAUGUUUUUUUGCAGUGUUUGUUUUCGCGAAUCCACUAGA